AUGUACCCAGGCUUGGGGAAGAACAGGAAGGGUCCUGUCCACAAUGGGGGCAGCCUCUCAGGAAUAAGCUAUGCAGAAACACGGUACCCAGCCCCUUGGAGUUACACGUGGGUGUCCUUUGGCAGUCCUUUCUGGAUGGGGCAUCCCCCUCCAGCUACCCCAGUGCCUUCAGUCUGGCCUUGGGGCUUCUCCAGCUUUGAUCCCCAAGUAGGGAGCCAGCACCUGGCCAUCAUGACCUCCAUUGUAUUUCCUUACCCUAUGGGACCACCACCCCCAUACUCCUCAGUCCCUCCGACUCUGAACGGGGAUGCCUCUGGCCACUAUCCCCAGAUGGAAUGGCAGAUUCCUGCCAGCUCAGCCUUCCCGGCUGCAGUGGGUGUGUCCAGAGGAGCUCCUCACUUGGAGAGGUGCCAAGCCCCUCCAUCAGAAUUCAGGUUCAGGGCCUCAGGUUCAGCAUUUGGGUACCUUGCAUCACCCUGCAGCCCAGAGCUCUGCCCUCUGCCCCCUUCCCCCACUGAGGACCCUCAGCCCGAUCCCCACUGA